AUGUCGUUCGCCAGAAUCAGAAACAGAACAAUGUCGUUCGCCCAACAAUCUAGGAAGAGAACAGGAACCCCCCAACCACGAAAACCAAAUACCCCUGGCCCCUCUACCUCCACUGAUACAGAGGACAGUGCUAUUAAGACUAAAGUUAAUCUUGAAUACCCAAAGCUAAUUCUUAAUUUAAGGUGCCCGGUGUGCAGAGUAACAUUUGAGGAACUAGCAAUGUUCGAAUUUCAUAAGAGUCUCCACAGAGGGCUUCAUGUUUACUCAGUUCAAAUUCCUGAGAAUGUAAAUGAAGCCUCCCCUGGCACUGCAAAUAGGAGCAACUUCCUGCCACCACCUACUAUGUCAUGUACUAGGUCAGGCCAACAGCAACUUGUAACAAGGCCAGAUGAGUCUGCUUCUGUUUUAGAUGGGAUGCCAUCAAUAGGAGGGAUUGGCAAGGGGAAAGUUCAAAUUCCUGAGAAUGUAAAUGAAGCCUCCCCUGGCACUGCAAAUAGGAGCAACUUCCUGCCACCACCUACUACGUCAUGUACUAGGUCAGGCCAACAGCAAUUUGUAAUAAGGCCAGAUGAGUCUCCUUCUGUUUUAGAUGGGAUGCCAUCAAUAGGAGGGAUUGGCAAGGGGAAAGACUUUCCAGACUUUGAACAUAUACUCAUUAUGAAAAAUACUAAAAUGGGAUGGAAUUAUGUUAGCUACUCAGAAGAUUACACGAAAGAUGUCCAAGCCAAUGGAUCAAUCAACAUAACAAGUAAUAAAUUUGAACUCAUCCGUGGCCAUGUGAAAACCUCUAACAAAACCAAAACUGGCCCUACAACAUCUGGACUUACAGUUCAAAUUCCUGAGAAUGUAAAUGAAGCCUCCCCUGGCACUGCAAAUAGGAGCAACUUCCUGCCACCACCUACUACGUCAUGUACUAGGUCAGGCAAACAGAAACUUGUAAUAAGGCCAGAUGAGUCUCCUUCUGUUUUAGAUGGAAUGCCAUCAAUAGGAGGGAUUGGCAAGGGGAAAGUUCAAAUUCCUGAGAAUGUAAAUGAAGCCUCCCCUGGCACUGCAAAUAGGAGCAAAUUCCUGCCACCACCUACUACGUCAUGUACUAGGUCAGGCCAACAGCAACUUGGAACAAGGCCAGAUGAGUCUCCUUCUGUUUUAGAUGGGAUGCCAUCAAUAGGAGGGAUUGGCAAGGGGAAAGACUUUCCAGACUUUGAACAUAUACUCAUUAUGAAAAAUACUAAAAUGGGAUGGAAUUAUGUUAGCUACUCAGAAGAUUACAAGAAAGAUGUUCAAGCCAAUGGAUCAAUCAACAUAACAAGUAAUAAAUUUGAACUCAUCCGUGGCCAUGUGAAAACCUCUAACAAAACCAAAACUGGCCCUACAACAUCUGGAGUUACAGUUCAAAUUUCUGAGAAUGUAAAUGAAGCCUCCCCUGGCACUGCAAAUAGGAGCAACUUCCUGCCACCACCUACUACGUCAUGUACUAGGUCAGGCCAACAGGAACUUGUAACAAGGCCAGAUGAGUCUCCUUCUGUUUUAGAUGGGAUGCCAUCAAUAGGAGGGAUUGGCAAGGGGAAAGGCACAAUAACCACAUGGAAAAAGAAGUGCGUAACAGUACGUUACCUGAGCAGCUUAGGAGGUGUAGCUGCUAAAGGUGUAGCUGCUAAAGAUGUAGUUGAAAGGAUAAUGGCUGCUACAUUUACUACCCCACUAGCCACCCAGUACGAUUGA